CAGACUAAGGGCAGCUGAGCGCGGUGCAGCCAUGGACGCCGCGGAGACCGAAUUGGAAGCGGUAACGCUGAAGGUCCUGGAUGAAGCAGCACAUGUGCUAGAACCCGUGGGUCUGCAAGAAGAGAUAGAAUUGCCAGCCCGGAUCUUGGCUGAAUAUGUGAGGAACUCCAGAAAGAAAGACAAGCUACUUUGCAGUCAGCUGCAGGUACUAGACUUCCUGCAGAAUUUCCUGGCUCAGGAGGAUACUUCCCACGGCUUGGACCCCUUGUUUUCUGAAGACAUGAGCCGACAGAAUGCUACUGCAGCCAAGGAACAAUGGAAAGAGCUGAAGGCCACCUACCAGGAGCACGUGGAGGCCAUAAGAAGUACCCUGUCCCGAGCAGAGGAGGCCCAGAGGAAGCGAGUCCAGCUCCAGGAGGCCUUUGAACAGCUCCAGGCUAAGAAACAAGUGGCCAUGGAAAAAUUCAGAGCAGCACAAAAACAGCGGCAGCUGCAACAGCAGAAGAAUCUGCAGAGUCUGGCAGAAAUUUCUGCAGAGGUAAAGGAGCGGCAAAUAGCAACUCAGCAACAGCUUGAGCAAUUGAAUCAGGAACUUGGAACUCUAAAACAGCAAGAAGGGCAGGAACAAGACAAACUACAGAGGCACCAGACUUUUCUCCAACUGCUGUAUACCCUACAGGGCAAAUCCUCCAUCCCUGAAGACAAAGCUACCACAGGAGCUUCCCCAGCACCUGCAUCUCCUUAAGGCAGAGUGGACUGUGAACUUGAGUACUGACCAUUUCAAUCUCUAGUGGUUUUUUGUUUUGUGUGGUUUUUUUUUUUUCAAUUAAAAACUCCAUCUGUCUCUGUUACCUAUUUGUUACUUUCAUAAGGUGGUGGGAAGAAUAAUGGUUAUUGAAAAGCUAGGUAACGUUACAGCAGCUGCACUGAUAUGAAUGAUUGGAAAGAGAAUGAGUGUCCUCAUUAGUUGUUUACUCAAAUCAUAUGAGGCAGAUAUUGUGAGCUUAAUUUAGGGAAGAAAAUCCUUUAUGUUAGUGGUUAGCUGUGAAAAGAUAAUUUUAUUGAUGCAUGUGGUUGUUAGAUUCUUACUUUGUGCCAAGUAAGACCCUUCAUAUGAAUACAAGUAGCUACAUACAAUAGUGAGUUCCCUAACCUGUUUUAGAAUGUCCUGAUACCUUUUUGUGCAUUAUACUUCCUUGAUUUGUGUGCAUUAUAUUUCCUUGAUCACUCUUACUCAUUCACUUUGAUUCAAAGAUUUGCUUCUAUAAUCUAUUAUAUGUUUUAUUUGUUGUUCAGUGGGAUCUUCUGUUUUUUCCAUGGAGAAGUUCCUUUGUAAGUUCCUUUUUUUAUCAGAAGAUAAUCUGUAUUUCAGCUUUUUUUUCAAAUAAACAUAUAAGAUUAUACUUUACAGACUU